AUGACCGAAAACACGCCUGUGUAUUGUUUCACCAUCCCAUCGGUGUCCGAUGGCACUCUUCUGGACUGCCGGAUAUACCAUCCUGUCUCCCUCCAAGAUGCGCAAUCGACACAACAGCGAACGAAAAAGGCUGCCCUGAUCGCGCAUCCAUAUGCACCGCUAGGAGGUUCUAUGGAUGAUGCUGUUGUCACAACGAUAGUUGAUCAACUACUCGAUUUGGAUUUUGUGGUUGGAUGUUUCAAUUUUCGGGGUGCCGCAAACUCUGAAGGCAGUACCAGCUGGUCUGGAAAGGCAGAACGGGAUGAUUAUAUCUCGGUCGCUGGACACUUGAUCUUUUACAUGAACCAACUCCGAACAUCACAGGUCGUGACCAAGGACACGGAGUCCUCUGCUGGCUAUGUGCAAAACAUCUCUGCCGAGCCCAUCACAUUAGUCCUAGGAGGAUACUCCUAUGGCUCUUUGAUAGUCACACACCUCCCGCCAAUGCCAGAGAUCCUAGCUAUCUUCCAUAAACCAUCAAAGUGGGUGUCCGAGAUUCUGCUACGGGCGAAGGAGCUGGCUUUGCAGACUAAUACAUCGCUCUCCGAAAAUCGAGGCAGAAUGUCAGAUCAUCCUCCGGCAAGAAGACAACAUAAGCGACAAUCCAGCUCUCAGCAUUCCAUCAUAUACGGAGGCAACGACGAGCCUUCUCCCGCCGAUCGCCAUAUCGAUCCCCUACACAAGGCUGUUGAGAUCCAAACACGGAUCAGGCAUGCGAUGUAUCGCAACCACAGGUCAGCCUCCUCGAUAACAUCAGCACCACCAUCAGAACAGUCGGCCGAUACCAUAGAGCCGAUAACAGCAUUACCGCGCGUCUCAACCCAUCAUCUGCUCAUUUCGCCUCUGCUACCACCUCUAUCCAACUUCCUCUCCCUAUCAACCACAAUUCUAUCUUUCUGGCGCCAUCACACCGAACACCAGCCGAAAAAUCUACUUCACAAUCUUACGUUGGUCAUCUUUGGCACCAAAGACAUAUUCACUUCCUCCACGAAGCUGGAAGCUUGGUGUAAGAAAAUGGAUGCAUUGGCGUCACAAAACAAAGUGAAUUUCAGAUGGAGGAGAGUAGAAGGUGCAAGUCACUUUUGGAGGGAGGCAGGUGUAGAAGCAGAGUUGAGAAGCAGUGUCAGAGAGUGGGUAGAGGAG